AUGAGCGCAGACGGGUCAGAGUCAAGCUCCUUGACUGAUGCAUUGUACCGUGGACAGAAUCGAUUUUUGAGUGCAUUGAAUCUGCGCAAACCGCGCUCGCCAGAGCCGUCGCGUCAGCCGGGCGAACAGCCGCAGCCACUGAACCAAGGCCGUGGCGCUCGAUCAGACAUCGAGCACCGAUCAACAAGCAGCUCACCGACACCGUCGCAGGCGACAUCGACAACCACGUCGCAAUCAUCGGUGGCUGAGGAGCGAUUACGCAAGCUGGAGGACCAGCGUGCGUUUGAGCGCAUGGUGAAUAUGCGGCGACGGGUCUCUGCAGCCAAUGCGGCUCUCAUCGAGUCGCCUGAGCAGAAAUCACGUUACGGGGAAUGGGACGCGUACCAUGUCGAGACUAAUGAAUGGCAGCACCUAAGUGAUGUACUGGCAAUGAGCAAAAUGGCCGAGCAGGAUCCCAGCAGGCUAACCAUGUGCUAUGGAACGGAGUGGCGCUUUCGUGCGCGUAUCCAUGUGAUCCGGAAUAUGAGCUCGCAUUUGGCAUUCGUCGUGCUUCGCGAGCACGGGGUCACGAUGCAAGCUGUCUUGUCCGAGCACGGCACGAACAUCACAUCGCACAUGAUGCACUGGGUUAUGCGUCUGCCGAGCGAGUCACUCGUAUUUGUACAAGGCACACUCCAGAAGCCCCGUGAAGUCAUCACUGGUUGUGACAUUGCGCAUCUGGAACUGCAUCUGACGCACGUGCACCUUGUGUCUGGUAUCAGCGAGAAGAUGCCAUUUACGGUGUAUGCGGCAGAGCGCGCCUUGUCUAGUCAUUUGGAGGAGCAUCAAGACCUUGAUGAGGAUGAAAGCUUAGACCACAGCUCCAGUGUGCUCUCGGAUGCAGACCGGCAAUCGCAGCGGAGCACGAGCCAUGUGCCUGUCAUCACGCAGCGGACACGCCUGUCGAACCGGCUGGUCGAUUUGCGCACGCCGACCAUGCAGGCUGUCGUCAUGAUUCCAUCGGUGAUCUGCCGCGAGUUCCGGCAGUACUUGAGCCAGCACGAGUUCAUUGAGAUUCACACACCCAAGCUGCAAGGCGGUGCGUCCGAGUCGGGCGCCAGUGUGUUUGACGUCGCGUACUUUGGACGCUCAGCGUUCCUCGCACAGAGCCCGCAGCUGUACAAGCAGAUGUGCAUUGCAGCGGACAUGCGGCGGGUGUUUGAGAUUGGACCUGUGUUCCGUGCGGAAAACUCCAACACGGCUCGUCAUUUGACCGAGUACACAGGCCUUGAUCUCGAGAUGGAAAUCAACCACUACUACGAUGCCAUGUCGCUGAUCGAUAGAAUGUUGAAACACAUCUUCACGGUGCUGCGCGACAAGUACGGCCACGUCACGCAGUUCAUCCGUCGGCACUACCCAAGUACGGAGCUGCAGUGGCUUGAGCAGACGCUCGUGCUGCCGUUUUGGGAAGGCAUUCGUCUGUUAAAGGAGGACGGCUAUCGCGAGGAAGACGGCAGUGAGCCUAGUCCAUUCGAAGAUCUCGCGACCCGUGGUGAGAUUCGUCUUGGCGAGAUCGUCAAGCGCUUGUAUGGCACAGACUACUACAUUCUUGAUAAGUUCCCUCGCAAUGCGCGCCCAUUCUACACACUGCCAGACCAAAACGACGAACGCUACACGAACUCGUUUGAUAUCUUCUUGCGCGGCCAGGAGAUCUGCACGGGUGGACAGCGUAUCCACCAUGCGCAAAUGCUCGAAGACAACAUCAGCCGUCUGCACAUGGAUGCUUCAAGCCUCGAAGACUAUUUGGAGGGCUUCCGCCUCGGUGCACCACCACACGCGGGAUGUGGUCUUGGACUAGAACGACUUGUCAUGCUGUACCUGAACCUUGACGACAUCCGUCUCGCUUCGCUGUUCUACCGCGACCCCAAGAGCUUCCCCACGAAGCCGCCUCAGACGCUCCGCUACUUGGAGGGCAGCACGAAUCCACCACCGUGGCUCCAAGCCGCAUCGUCAUCCGGAUCUGAUUCGCGCACGGAGCCGGGAGAAAAGCAGCUGCAGCCACUUGAGCUGCUCAUCGCUAACUACGGCGACUCGACGAACACGUCGUGGCUCGAUGAUCGCAUUACUGUCUGGCGAGAUCAAGACACGGGCGCUGCCAUCGGCUAUUGGUAUCAACGGCACUAUGUGCUGAUUGUCGGCAACCCGUUGUGUGACAUGUCACAGUAUAACCGCGUGAUCGAGCGGUUCCUCGAGUUCGUCGAGAGAGAGCUACGUGCGAAACCAAUAUGGCUCAUGGUUAGCGAGGUCGUCGAGUCGAUCCUGGGUAGCCGCUUCGGCUGGUGCACACUCACUUGCACAGAUGACCAGCGUAUCCCUGAUGUGCGAAAGAACCCCGCGAAGCACGAUCAUGAAAUUGAGCGCAAGAUCCGUCAUGCUGACAAAGUCGGCGUAUCGAUCCAGUCAUUUGCGUAUCAUGAGAUCGUGCCAGAAGACGUGCGCGCUGAGUGUGAUGAAAAGAUCAAGGAAUGGUCGGCUAGUCGCCGGGGUACGCAGGUGCACUUGACGGAUGUACGGCCCUGGGUCGACCAAGAGCAUCGACAGUACUUCUUCGCUCGUGACAGCGACAGAAAGCUGUGCUGUCUUGUCGUGCUCGCCCAGCUGGCGCCCAUACACGGUGCACAAGUGAAGUGGGCCCUCAACUUCCCUAACGCACCGAACGGCGCGAUUGAAAUGACGAUCUUGCACGCCCUCGACACGUUGGGCUCGGGUUCCGUGACCUUCGGCACCGCAGCGUCACCCAAAGUCAAGGCAGUGCACGGCCUAAGUGGCCUCGCAUUCAAGAUCCUUUCUCGUGUGUACAACAGUGUUUCUGAACGGACGCACCUGCUCAGCAAGGGUGACUUCCGCGACAAGCUUGGCACCGUGCGCGAUCCGACGUACAUUUGUUAUCCGAAGGGCGGCAUGUCCAUGCUCGCUGUACGUGAGGUAUUGAACUUCUUCCGCGAUUAG